AUGGAUUUCCAGGAGUCACGUGGCGUUCCGUGGUUGGAGCGCCAUGUGGUCAGCUUGGCACUGGGAAAACCGGGCGUGACCGUGGGAACAGAAGCAGUGGGGCCUCUCAGUGGUGGGUCUCAUGGAUGGAUUUCCAGGAGUCACGGUGGGCGUUCUUGGUGGGAGUGCCAGUUGUGCUUGGCACUGGGAAACGGGCGUGACCGUGGGAACAGAAGCAGUGGGGCUCCAGUGGUGGGUCUCUGGAUGGAUUUCCAGGAGUCAGGUGGGCGUUCCGGUGGUGGGAGUACCAGUUGUCGGCUUGGCACUGGGAAAACGGGCGUGACCGUGGGAACAGAAGCAGUGGGGCCUCCAGUGGUGGGUCUCAUGGAUGGAUUUCCAGGUCACGGUGGGCGUUCUGUUGUGGGAGUGCCAGUUGUCGGCUUGGCACUGGGAAAACCGGGCGUGACCGUGGGAACAGAAGCAGAGGGGCUUCCAGUGGUGGGUCUCAUGGAUGGAUUUCCAGGAGUCACAGUGGACGUUCCGGUGGUGGGAGUGCCAGUUGUCGGCUUGGCACUGGGAAAACCGGGCGUGACCGUGGGAACAGAAGCAGUGGGGCUUCCAGUGGUGGGUCUCAUGGAUGGAUUUCCAGGAGUCACGGUGGGCGUUCCGGUGGUGGGAGUACCAGUUGUCGGCUUGGCACUGGGAAAACGGGCGUGA